CUAAUGAGAUCUCCUCAUCAAUUUCUCAUCCCCAGUGCAUUGAUUUUGGCAGUUUUUCCGAUCCUCCCGCCACUUAAGCCUCAGCCUAAUAUUUCUACCGUUCGUGGUAACUCCGUUUUUCCUCCCCAAAGUCGCCAAAAAUGUAUUAACCUUCGAAAUGAUAAGGAUUUGUCUGACAGCAUUGAUAAUUGCCGAAAUAAUUGAUGGUAGAAGUGGACUUUCUUGGUUUAUUCUAAUUACCAGUCCACUCUCUAUUUUUCUCUACCCAGUCAGACCAAAAGCGCUCAGACUAACAGGGGUAAUCUACGGUCUUCUGUGCCCCUUGGCGCUCCUAUCAGCUGCAUAUGAACCGCAAGUUUUCUGCCUUCUGGGUGUUCAUUUGAUCUCAAUACUAAAAACAAUUGAGGACCAAGAGGAACCACUGAGCAUCAGAAAACUUCAGGAGCGAAGUCUGGAUUUUCAAGAUAUGACAACAGCGGCCUACUUUAUGCUUUACAUUUUAUUAUCAUUUUUUGGGACCGGAAAUAUAGCCAGCAUCAGUUCAUUCGAUCCCAUGUGGACUCGACACUUUAUUACUAUUUUUUCACCUUUUACUAUGACUUUCUUAAUUCUCCUUAAAUUAGGGAUACCUUUAAUACUUAUAGGGUGUACCAGUCGUAUUCUAACUUCCUCGUCUACAUUUCUAGCAGUACUACUCUUGGGUGAUUGCCUAUCACUACCUCUCAUGUACAGUGUAAGUUCCCAUGGAAGUUGGCUCGAUAUUGGUACUGCUAUAAGUCGAUACAGCAUUUCUAUCACUUUACCUUGCCUUUUCGUAAUUCUUUACUAUAUGUCAAGUCCAUUGAUGGUAUGUCACCUCACACCACGAUGGCCGAUUUCAUUCCCGAAGGACCAUUUCACUUAGCUGUAUCAUUAAAGUAACAAAGUGAUAACAUAUUUUUAUAAAGAAAAAAAAUACGGGUGAGAGGGAGAGGUUAUAGGUUUAUCUAGUAAGAAAAUUCAAAAAAAUGUCAUCAUAGUUAUUUGUAGAUAAUAACUUUUUCGAUAGUUUUUGAUUCACAAUGUUUAUUAGUGAUGUUCUUUUCAAUAUGUAUUGCUUUAAUAUCACACUGUUUGAUGGGAAAA